AUGCGUGCACGUUUACACGACCCCAGUUCACAUCUGAAUGCCAAGAUAUAGCUGCACGUCUGAGUGCUAACAAUCGUCUACCAGGCCUGGCUUCUACGCAAGCAACAAUUCCAAUCCGUUUUCGGCACUUUACUAUGAUGCCGCAGCGCAUUUCGCCCUUGAACAGUUCGCGCAGAGGCCUUUGUGUUCCUGGUGUUUGAGUGUCGGGGGUUGUUGUGAUCCGAACGUGCCAGCUUGCUAUAGCUGGGAUUGGCUCCACGCCCUUGCUGGCGACGCAGUGCUCGACGUUCGCAAUCCCUUGCCACGUACACUUCUUUCGGAAUUGCAAACGCAACAGAGAACGUGAACAGAUGGCGAUGGUGUUAAUUUGGGCGCGUUCCAUAAUCAAAAGUGAUGGCAUAUAUCCAACCCGACAACACAAGUUUCGCUUGAGUCGCAUUGAAUUUGAGCCGGUAAUAACGUAGGUGCUCAUCAUGCCUCCUACUUUUGUAGCUAGGCUGCUGGAGUUGAGGAAGAGAGUAUCGGAGAGAGCCGUGGGUCCUUGGACUGAGAUCAAAAGCGCCCUGAAGGAGCGAGAGGCUGCUGUCAAUGUGAUAGAAGCAACGGACGAGUUUUUGGCUGCCCAUGGUCGCAAGAAGCUGAAGCUACAGACUCCCUGGAAAGUGCAGAAAGAAACUCCGAAUAAGGCUAUAAUUUGGGUUCAAGGACUCUUGACCAAAGUCGACAGCCCUGGGAAUGGAAUCAGAAACUCCUUUAACGAGCUGAAGUCUGCUGGAAAUGCAGGCGCAGCGACCAACAAGUUCCUGGCUGCGCAUGACGGCGAGAUGGCGCAGCUGCAGACCACGGGGGAAGUGCAGCGAAAGCCGUUGGAGAAGGCUACAGCUCGCUUACAAGGGCGCUGGAAUGGGGAAGACAGUCCCAGAAAGCGUCCCCGUGUCUAGUGGGUAUCAGCUCCCAGACACACUGGAGAGGGUUAGGCGACAGAGGCAUCGAUGACGGUCACCACCACAGUAAAGGAUGGAAGAGCGGGGCAUGAUCUUGUAUGGGUGUCUAUUGGACAAAACAUGCAAC